AUGCAAAAUAAUAAUGGAACUUUGUUGGCAAUCAUGGUAAAACUAUGAAUGAUCGAUUAUAGACUGUGGAGAUCUCCCAAGAUGAGAGAGAUUAGAUUUACAUUUUUGAAGGGGAUGAUCCCAGAGAUUUGGGUAUAGCAUUUGUAUCAAAACAUGACCUCCCUGGCCGCUAUCUAUUGAAGUUGAUUGAUAGCAUAUCGUAACAUAAAUAAUAAGCAUAACACACUAUAAAUAAUGAAUAGAAGGUGACAAACGACCAGAAAUCAAAUUAUUUCAAAAACUCUACAAACUCAACUCCUUAUAAAUAGAAUAGUUAGAUUUCAACUCAAAGUUGUUAAAAGAAGAGUCCUUUGAUAAGCAGUAGAUCACAUUGUAGAGAUUUCUCAUAAGAUGGUAAGUUAUGGAUUUCUAUUGAUAGUUAGCAAGAUAAUUAGAGAUAAAAGUGCGAAGGAAAUCAAACAAUUGAAGCCUAGAGAUGAGAACGAAUUGACUUUCACUCCCCAAAUCAACAGGAAUUCUGAAUAAAUAGUUGUAAGAGACUCGAUACAAUAUUAAUAGAAAUAAAAACGCCAAGAUAAUAGUGUCGAACAGAGAUUGAUCGAUUAUGGUUAGAAGAAAGAAAAAAGAUUACAAGACCUGAGGAUGCAGAAAUAACAAUCUUAAGACUUAUCAAAUAAGUCACACACUUAUCAUCCCAAGACUACUUAGAGAUCUCAUGAAAUCUUAAACGAAAAGAAUGUGAGCAAAACCUACAAGGACAUUUAUAAUAAAACUCCAGAGUAUUAUUAUUAAUAUAACCAAUCUAGUUGCAAUAAUUCUUAUAUAUUGAAUUUGCCAUGUGCCGAUCAAAGUGUUGUGCAAUAGUUUUGGAGAGCCUCCUUGAGAAAGCUAUUCAAUAUGCUCGACAAGGAAUAGAAGGGCGAACUGAACACAGAAUAAGUUGACUUAUCAUAAAUGAGUUACGAGAUGUUGCAAAUUGUUACUCCAGUUUUGUUAAUCAUGGAGGAGAGAAGAACCUUCAAGUUUGAUAGUUUUGCUAAGGAAGUCACCAAUUACUGUGUUUAGCACAACUUUGUUGAAAAUUUAUUUUCAUUACUUUUAUAAUGA